GAUUCAUAUCCGAAUACAAUACGUACGCUUUAACAUACGAAAUGAAAGUUUUUUUUUCGUCAUGUGACAAGAAGGUGGUUUUAGAAAGGAAAAUAAACAGAUCACAAGGCAGCAAUUGGAGAAUGGAUUACAAACCAGAUUAAAAAAUCAGAUCGUAGAUAUGGGAGUAACUUGAAAACUGAGACGAUUUUACAGAAGAUGGCUACCACAGCUUCUGUAAAACCAGCCUUGGAAAGAAGAACAGACUAUCUUCUUGUGGAGCCAUGUUCUUUAGAUGAUCUUAAAUCACCACUGCGUGGAUCUGCUAGAUUAAAGUAUACCUGCUUUGAUGUGUCCAGUCGGUAUAUUGCAGUGGGGAGCAAUACAGGAUCGGUGUACAUCUUUGAUAAGAUCAGCCUGCGACAUCUCCAAGUUGUUUUUACUGAAGCUGAACCUUCAUCAGUCAAUAAUGUGAAGAUAUGUCCCACAAACAAAACAGUAGCCUUUUCCAUGUUAAAUGGCCAUGUUCAAGUGAUGGAGCUGAACAUUGACAAGAGACAGAAGCCAGACAGACUCCGUGCCAUUAACAACCACGUCUACAGGAAUGUGAGUUGUAUUCAGUGGGACGCUGGGGGACAGAAACUCUACACAGCUGAUAAUGGAGGCAAUGUGGUGGUCUCCCUCAUUCCAACUUCAAAGAUGAAGAACCUGGUACUGGCUCCUAUUGAGGUCAUCCUGACCUUGUCUGUCCCGGUCAUUCAACUGGACCUGUAUCAAGACAAACUCCUGGUCUCCACCCGCACCGAAUGCUUCCUCUGUAACACGGCCAGAGCAAAUUAUCAGCAGAUAGGAACAAAACCAAGAGAUGGGUUAUUUGGAGGGUGUUUCCUUCUUGGCGGCAGCACUUCAGCAGUUAUCUACUGUGCCAGACCAGGCUCUAGACUGUGGGAAGUGGACAUAGAAGGUAAUGUUCAGCAUACUCAUCAGUUCAAACAGUUACUGGCAGUUCCACCUACACAGAUCUUACCACUCAGUGGAGAUACCUUCUUAAGAAUGGAAAACAAGGAGUUUCCUCCACUGGGGACAAAUUUUCCAGUUUUGAAACCAUAUGGGGAAAGGUUUAUUUUAACAUGGAACAAAAGAAAGCUUUUCAUACUUGAUCCAUUGCAAGAAAAUCCAAAGGUGAUUCUCUGGACUGAAUUUGAAACAGAAAUAUUUGAAGUCUGUGUUCAGGGAUCAGAGUUGUAUAUAUUUUUUGUGUCUGGAGAAAUGCGCAAAGUGACCUUAAUGACAGUCUCUCGGACAGUAUCCCUGUUGAUCAGUCGUAAACUGUGGCAGUUAGCUGCUCAGGUGUGUGGGGCCUACAGCCAAUCCAUCCUAACCAAUCAAAACCACAAAGAGCUGACCAGACAUACACUCAAAGAUCUCAUACAGAACAUCCAAAAUGGCAGUCUGUCCGAAAAUGAGGAAAAGGUUGUAGAUCUAUUUGAAAAAUUUUCUGCAGAAGUAGGUUCUAGCUCUGAAACAGAGGGAUCUGAAUAUAGUAGGAGCCGGUCAAGUUCUGGAGCUUCCAUUAUACGUCUGGAGUCAGGGAUUUAUCAGAUCAAGAACUCCAGGAGCUCUGCCUCACUGGAUUCAUGGAAUGAAACGUGGACACAGGACGAGCCCGACUCCGGGAUAUCGUCUCCAGCGAAGCUACCAUCAGUUGUACUGCCUGGUUUAGAUGCAGUUGAUUCUGAAAAAGAUUUUAACUUUAACCAUACAUUUAAAACAGAUCAGGAUGACACUGUUAGAAAUGAUGAAAUCAAUUUAGGAUUAGAAAAUGGCCAAAAUAAUUUUGUGUUACACGAUAAUAUUGUUGUUAGUGAUCUAUCUGACUUGGAACAUUCCAACUUUAAUGGAGAAAACAUUCCAGUGGUUGUAAAUGGACAAUCAGACUUAGAGCAUUCCGCGAUGAACAAAGAGGAAUUAAAUCGUCUGAUACAUUCUGAUGAUAUUUUUGCUGAUGAUGAAAUUCUAUUGCCAAGAGGACCCAGUAAACUUCCUAAAAAGAAAUCAGAACCAAAUAGUCUUUCAAGUAUAGAUUAUUCUCAUGAACAAUCAGUGCCAAAAGUGGACUUAAUUGUAAAUGCUGAUGUGCCAAAUAGAUUGGUGAAGGAUGGCGUAUUUGAUGUAGUUCCUCUACAAGACCAAGAUAUUACCCCACUCAUUGUGACAAGGUCUGAACCUAAUGGACAGCAGAGGACCAGUACUCGUAAGAAAGCCGUUACUGUGGAUAUCGACGAAGGAAAGAAAAAGUCAGGAAAACAACACAGGAGGAACUCAAGGAAUAAAGGAAAAGAGGCAGACUCAGAUGUCAGAAGCCGGCGGUCUUCAGAUACUUCAUCCAACCUGAUCUCCAAUUCAGUGCUGCAUGAACAAUUAAAUAACAUUCCUGUUAGCCAAUCAAAAUCUCCCACUCUAAAAAGAACUGAGAGCUGUCCAGCCAUAUCGCUGAAAACUGGAUUGAUCCAGUCAUCUUCUGCUACAGACUUACACUCACCAUCCCAUUCUCCACUGACUCAGUCGUGGGAAGAGCCCCAGGAGAGUAACAGAAGAACCUUGACCUCGGUCAAGGACAGCUUACAGUCUAAAUUUGCAAACACAAAAAUGAAAAUUUUGAAAACAAUUAAGGAGAAGAAAAUGAUGGCAUCAUCACCAAAGGAUACAAAAGAACCAUAUUUACCUCAGGAAACGCUAAACAUUCCUGAAGAACAAGAAUUUAAGGAAGACAUUCCAGUGAUAGACCCAGAAAAAGAAUCCUCUGUAGUGGAUCUCACAGAAUUUAUCCAGAAAACCAUUCAAACUAGGUCAAAGAUGCAGGAUUUCAAUGUUAUGCUCAACCCAGGUGCAUUAUGGGAGACACUUUCUGAUUGGAUGAUACAUUUGAAUAUCAUUUUGAAGAAAUUAAAUACCCAUAAGUGUUUAAAACUACUUCAGUCUACACAUUAUAAAAGAUGCAAAACUCAAUGCCUUACUUCAAAUGAAGACAAAACUGAAACUAGUGUGGGUAAUCAAGACUGUGGCAUUAAUGAUUCACAAGUGACAGAAAAUGAUCAAACUCUGGUUAGAAACAGUAGUGAUGUGAACAGUGAAAAUGAUCCUCAUUUAAAUCCCAGCUUGAUUAUGGAUGAUUAUGAAAACAUCAAAUUCCAAGAGUUUUGUCACAUAGAGGACCCAUUUCCAUUUUCAGAAGACAUGCUUGUUACUGUGAAAGAUUUAGCUAGAAAGUGUUUCAAAUCCAAAUGUAUUCACGAUGUUAUUAAUUCCGCUCAACCUGAUCUUGGUGCUAUUUCAUUUUGUGAUAUUUGUUCAAACUGCUUCCAAAACAAAAAAACCAAACUCUCAGAUACACAUUCUGUUCCCUUGCCUUCCAAUCUAAGUCAAGAAAAUGAGAGAAAAUACAUUGAUAACCAGCUGAGUGAAACAGGGGGCAUUAGUUUUACUGUGCCUGAUUCUGAAGAGACAGGGACUAGUAAUACAGAACCCAGCCAUCAAGAUUCUUGUGGAGAUAUGACCAAUAUAUCAGACACUGAAAAUGCCAGUACAAGGAAAUGUAGUACAACAAUGGACUUUUGUGAACCACAUGAAAGAGGAAACCUGAUUGGUCAAGAUGAUGAAAUACACACAGUGAUAAGAGAGAGUGACAGUGAUUUGUCAGUGUUUGUCAGGUGCUAUUUCUUUCUAUUGGACAAAAAUGAUCUCAUACAGCAAGUGUACUCAAGGGAGAGCACUCUGUCUGAAGACGAUAAGUUUGAAAUCUGGACAGCAUGGAUGCUGAGUCUACAUGUGAAAUAUAGUGAAGAUUCAUUGCUUUUGUUGGACAAAAAGAGCCAAGAGGAAGUCAUCAGUGUUUUAAAGCUAACUAAGCAUGACCAUCAAAAGAAUUUAUUUUAUGCUUACAAAUUGUUCAAGCAAUUUCCAUCUGAAACUGUCUCGUGUUGUGUGACAUGUGACAAUAUCCAUCCAAAGGAUAUAGUGUAUCUAUGUCAACUUUAUCACCAGAAAGAGGCUGGCUAUUUGGACCAAUUUAUGUGUGGGAGAUACAAGGAACUUAAGUCAUCAAGAAGGUUAAGUGAUUUAAAUAUUGGGAAGAGAGUGAUUUACACCUGGCUACAAACUUUAAUGGAAAAGACAGAACAUUGUAAACAACUCAGAGAUGAAUAUGGAAAACCUUGGUUGUUCAGUCACUCUGUAGUGUGGGAAGAUGGAGAUAAGAUAGACUUCCUUCUACAGACUGUCACAACAGACCACGGAGAGGAAUGUUUAGAAAUCUGUACAAAAGCAGGUUACUGGAGAGGGUGUCUGACGUUACUGAAAAGACAACAGAAGUGGAGUGAGAUGGUGUCCAUGAUCUUUUCUUUAGGAGAUCUGCAAUUAAUUCACGAUAUGGAACUGCUUCCAGAAAAAGUAGAGGAAUGGAAAACAUUCACAGAAUUAUUUCAGUCUUAUUAUGACGUGCAUCAUAAACUUCAUCAUCCUGAAGAUGGAAAACAACAAGUUUUAGGAGAGGAUGAGAUCCAGAAAGAUACCAGCUUACUCCCAUCAGGAAAGGACUCCUCCAAACAAACACAAUUGGAGCCAAAUCUGCAAAAGCAUGCAGAGAAUAGUGAAAGUGUAGUAAACCAAAGUUCAGUCAAUGAGGGCACACAUAAUCAAAUCUCUGAAGUUAGUGAGGAUAGUUUUGAAACCAAUCAGCAAAAUGUGGAGUCCUUAGUUAAAGAAAUAGAUUUACCUAAUGUAAGCUGUAGUGGCCAGUGUAUCUUGUGGAGUGACAUAGCCUCUCUGAUGCUGCGGUAUAUAGAUGUGUCAUUGUGUGUGGGUAUUUUAUCUGAGGUGGACAUCCCAGAGGGCUGUGUGACCCAGUCUCUUUACCAGUCCAGUAUCACCACAGCAUUAAAACACAGGCAACAAAGAAAUAUGAUGCACAAUCUUCUAGAGAAGAUAGACUCUUAUCUUUGGGCCAAGAAACCAAAUACACUAAUGCCUGAGUUGCAGUUUGCUGUUUCUGUAGAAAGAAAAUCAAAGGGAUUUAAGAAGGAAAGAUCCACCGACCAUCUGAUGGCGCUGCUGUCAGAGAAGCCAGUCACUGGAAGAAGAUAUCGGGAGGACUCUGAAUGUCACUGGGGGAUAUCUACCAACAUACUCAAGUGUUGUCGGAUCUGUAAUGUUGCAUUGACAGAGAGUAUCUCCCAUGUAGAGCCUGGAAUUCUCAUGUUUGAUUGUGGUCAUGGAUUUCACAAGCUCUGCUGUCAAGGACGAGUGUGCCAGCUGUGUUCAUAAAGUCCUCAUAAAAACAGUUCAACCCUUUUUCCAAAUAAUUUUUUUUUUAUUGUAUAUGUAUAUUUACAAAGUUUUAAAGAUAAAAGGCAUUAAAAAAAAAUUAAUUUUACAGUUGGGCAAUUUCCAAACCAUUUUAAGAUUUCAGUCAUAUUCAGUAUCUAUGAAUUGUACAUAGUACCAAGGUAAUUCAUAUUUUAAACAUAUAGUAUCUGUCAUUCAUAUAACAUUUGAAACAUUCCUGUCUAUUGCCUUAACUGUUAAUUACUUUGUUUUUUAUGUUUCUUAUUCAUGAAUGUUAUUUGUUCAUAGAUGAUGUUUUAUUUGCUUUAAAGUGCAAUAUUGUGACAGAGUUGAAAAGGGUUCCUUUCUCACAAGCAUGUAAAUUUGCUUUAUGCUGGCUCAUUCAUGAAUUUAAUUUGAAGAAAUGUAAAUUAUUUAAUUCUCCUUAAUAUUUUUUUGUUUGUCCAUUUAAGUUUGUUAUUUUAGAAUGCAUACUGUUAUGUGUUAUCUUUUAUCCAGUGGGUAUCACAAAUUGGAUAUUUAUUUAUUUUUCAUAAUUCACAUUCUGUAUUCCAUGGCAUUUGUAAUGUCAUAAAACAAAUAUACUGUAUAUUACAGGGUUAUUUUUGCCCUGUUUUAUUUUUACACCUAUUGCCCUUCUCAAAGGUGGAUAAAUUUUAAGUAGGGUGAAUUAAAUAAACACAGUAUAAUUUCUUAAACAGAAUUGUGACUGUGCAAAUUUAAAUUGGGGCAAAAUUAUUUGCAGGUGUGAAAGAGCAAAAAUAUAAACACUGUAUACAUUAUGCAUGUACAUUUGUAAUCAUUGAAGUUGAUCAGGGUUAAAGGUAAAAUUCAAAAUUAUUUGAACACUAUAAGUUCACACAUUACUUUAGAGGUGGAAUUAUUAGUAUGCAGUUUGUGAUAAGAUACUGUAUAAGCAGAAUUUUUAGUGAGGAUUUAAUUUUGGCAUUAUUAGCAAGGGUGCCAAGAUCACUAAAAUUGAAUAUCACUAAAAUUAAUUGCGAUUUAUUUGUAAUAACUUCUUUAGUGAGCUUUUUAAAAUCGCUAAAACUGCAUCUCGCUAAAAAUUAAAAAACAUUUUUAAAGGCCAAAUCGCUAAAUUUGCGUCUCGCUAUUAUUUCCACUUACACGAUAAAUUUAUCUCACUCGAUGCUUUUUAUAUCUUUGAUAGAGGGCCAGGGAGAGAAAACAACCAACUUGUAAAAAUCGUGAACAUUCACAAACUAUGGGAGAUCCUAAUACUGUAAAUGUACACAAAAUGGCACGAUAAAAAUUGUAAUGCAAGUGUCCUCCAACACAUUAUUGCACUCAUAAAUUAGCCAAACCAUAAUGUAAACAACAUGUAUUAUUUCAACUUAAUAAAUCAUGACUAUAAAUAUGAAUACCAUUAAAAUGAGUACAUUUACAUACAUAUUUAUUUAUAGUUCAAUUUUAAUCAAUUUUGUUGGAACCAAAGAUAAUUUGAUUAUCCUAGCGGGCAUUGACAUUAUUGAUUAUAAUGGUUAAAGAAAAUUUGGUUAGAACACUGGUACAUGUAGCUUAAGGUUGACAGAAUUGUAUUUGUACCAUAAUUAUUUUAAUGCUGUGAGGUACAUAUUACACUGUAGACUUACUUUUUUCCAAGCAGAAAUCAUUUCUAUAUACACAGCAUACUUAAAAUUCAUGAAGGCCAACUAAUGACAAUAUAAGAAAUCUGUGUAAUUGUCUACUUGUCGAUUCAGCAGAAAUUGAUUUCAAAGAAUUUGUUCCCAGUGGAAAAAAGUACACUUACAAUAUGUUGACCAAUAUAUGGAAACUUGAUUUAUAUUUGUCUUCCCUGUAGUCAUAAAAAACAUAUCAGAAAUUUUA